CUACUUGUGGCAGAAUUGCGGACCGCUAUAUUUUCUAAGGUUGCACUGCGAACAAUUCGAUUAGUAUCAAGGAAGGUCUUCUCACAUUUGCAUGACCUUGACCUUCGGUAUCAUCUAAGCCGAGAAACGGGUGCAUUAAGUAGAAUAAUUGAUCGUGGUAGUCGUGGAAUAAAUUUCAUUCUCUACUCUAUGGUGUUCAAUGUGGUACCUACCAUGAUAGAGAUAUCUAUGGUAGCAGGUAUACUGGCCUACAAAUUUGGAGCUCCCUUUGCGCUUAUUACUUCCUUAUCAGUUGCUGCUUAUGUUAUUUUCACUCUGUCUAUCACACAGUGGAGGACUAAGUUCAGGAAAGCCAUGAAUAGGGCUGAUAAUGAUGCUAGUACGAGGGUUAUUGAUUCACUUAUUAAUUAUGAGACUGUCAAAUAUUUUAAUAAUGAAGUUUAUGAAGCUGAUAAUUAUGACAAGUACCUAAAGAGAUAUGAAGAUGCUGCUCUGAAAACCCAACGAAGUCUGGCCGUCUUGAAUUUUGGUCAAAAUAUUAUAUUUAGUACUGCUCUUUCAUCAGCAAUGGUGCUGUGCUCUCAUGGGAUCAUGGAUGGAACGCUGACUGUUGGUGAUUUGGUAAUGGUGAAUGGGCUUCUCUUCCAAUUAUCUCUUCCACUCAAUUUCCUUGGUAGUGUUUAUCGUGAGACUAUACAGAGUUUAGUUGACAUGAAAUCCAUGUUUCAGUUACUCGAGGAAAGAGCAGACGUUAGGGAUAAAGAAAAUGCACAGCCUCUUAGAUAUAAUGGGGGGAGUAUCAAAUUUGAGAAUGUACAUUUUAGUUACCUCACAGAAAGAAAGAUACUAGAUGGAAUAUCGUUUGUUGUGCCAGCUGGUAAAAGUGUUGCAAUUGUUGGGACUAGUGGAAGUGGAAAAUCAACCAUUCUUAGAUUGCUAUUCAGGUUCUUUGAUCCUAAUUCUGGAAGUAUAAAGAUAGAUAAUCAAGAUAUUCGGGAGGUAACCCUUGAGAGUUUGCGGAAGUCCAUUGGUGUUGUUCCACAAGAUACUGUACUUUUUAAUGAUACUAUAUUUCACAACAUUCACUAUGGUCGCUUCUGCACAGAAGAGGAGGUCUAUGAAGCUGCUCAACAAGCAGCAAUUCAUAACACUAUCAUGAAUUUUCCUGAUAAAUACCAAACUGUUGUCGGAGAGCGAGGGCUCAAGUUAAGUGGUGGUGAGAAGCAACGUGUUGCCCUUGGCUCGUUCAUUCUUAAAAGCGCCUGCAUUCUGUGAGUAUUCUAAUCAUUUUAUCUACUCGACACUUUUUGUUGUGUGGCUUUGUAUUUUUAUGUUUACUACGUUCCAGAUGAAAAUGAUUUGUCUUUAUGGACUGAAAUUAUUUUAAUGAAUUUGUCUACUUUCUUUCCAAA